AUCAAUGUCUUCCAGAGGUUGUUGAUUUAAUGUACCGGAGUGGCUGACCAGGUAGCGUUCACUAACACCCAUCGGCACUCUGUGCGGACACUCAAUGAAACCUCGGACAUGAUGAACAGUGUCCGAACGAAGCGGAUUCAAGAACCUGUGUAAGGUAAAAAGGACAAUAAUAUAUCGACUCGAAUCACGGGGAUCGAUUGUGGCCUGUAUGCUGCCAUCAGAUUUACAGCAAGUUUAGGUCAUUUAGCUGUUCGAGACAAGCUUGUUGCCCGGUAAUCUCUAUUGGAAAGAAUCUGAUCAAUACUCCCAUCAUUACUCACGGCAGCCGUCUGCACCCCACGCUAGCAGACGACACACCUGUCACAAUGCCGCCAUCUUGGAUCAGUGAAACAACAUCAGGGAGAUGUUUUUAAGCUUGGAGGAUAUGUAGUCGAUCUUGGAACGGAGAUUCAUCAGACUUGUGAAGAAUGAUCGUCUCCAGACUAAAUGGCUGACGUCACCGAUAAGACCAAUGACGUCACAAGAGGCAUGAAAGACAUUUCCAGUCGGGCAACUAAUGUCGUUCAGGAGCUUGACCCUGCCAUCAGUGCAUUGGCUCUGGACCGUGAUGCCGGUCAAGUUGGCGUCGAGACGUUCACGUUAAUUGUUAUCUGGAUCUUGGCCGUAACGGGAAACGCAUUCGUUUGCAUCGUCAUCAACAGAAGUCGUAGAAUUCAAUCAACAACUAAUUAUUUUGUCAUUUCCCUUGCGUGUUCCGAUUUGGCUUUGGCGUUGCUAUGUAUUCCAUUCAUUGCCUCGCGCGUUAUCACGAGCCGAUGGUUGCUAGGAGACGCGAUAUGCAAAUUUGUUCGGUUUGUACAAUUUCUUGUGCCUUGUGUUAACAUGUACACCCUUGUCUCUAUAGCCAUAGAUCGGUUUUACACCAUCAUAUAUCCCCUCAGUUUCAAGGUGACUAAAUGCACUGCCAAACGAAUGAUAAUAUUAAGUUGGGUGUCUGCGGCAAUCUUAAGUGGAUUCUGCUUUUAUUUCUUCGACGUCAUUUCAGACGUGGACGGUGCCGGCCGUAACGUGUGCCCAACGUACGUUUCGACUGGAUCCUGGUCCGGGAUUGUGUAUAUUUUGUUCGUAUUUUCAUGCGAAGUCAUCAUCCCAUCUAUAAUCUUAUUGACAUGCUACAUCCGGGUGUUCAAACAUAUUUGGAGGAUCCACCUUGGGUCAAGGUUACUACAAAGGACGAUGAACCCAGUUCCAAGGACAAAGGUCAAGGUCGUGAAGAUGCUAAUAAUCGUGACCUUGCUUUCCGUGUUGUUUUAUGUGCCUUUUCACGUCUGUCAGCUGUGGUAUUGUGUGGCUAAGCCGUCCCGCGCGGAUCCAACGUUGUAUAUUGCUGUUGCAUGGAUGAUGUUUGGGAAUGGCGUGACGAAGCCGCUUGUCUAUUUAUGCUACAAUUCCAAUUUCCGGCGGGGAUGCAAGGAGGUUUUGUGCAUGUCUACAAUGCGUUGUUACCGUAGCAACACUUACGCUAUCACAAACGCCUCCACAUUUGGGAAAAGAAACCACAUUGGGAUCAUGGAAACGAGUGUCACCGAUCAAGGACAGGAUUCUCCAUCCAAAUCAUUCAAUCGAUCACACAUGUUGGAAAAAAGUGCCUGGCCUCUUCCAUCCGCCGCGUCAUCAACCUAUAUUUAGGUCAGCUCUUUGUGGUUUAUGUUUAUGCAAGUGUAUUUUUUAACCAAGGUGCCUGAAGUAUUUUGUCUAAAAAAAUGUAAUUAUGUAACAAAAUGAGAUCAAUUUUCAUUUUCACACAAACGUCUUUAGACCCCAUUUUAAUUGCGAUAUUUGCAGAACAGAUUCUUUUCUUUAGACGCAUAAAAUCUUUAAUUUUGAAAGACUCAGUUGAACAUAAAUAUAUAUGAAUAUCAGACGCUGCUGAAAAACACUUAAUUUAUGGAAUGCAUAGACAUUCCUUUAGCUUGCAUUUGCCUUUUUGUAUUGUAUGUGCUCUAUAUUUAACACAUUUUGCUGUUUAUGUUUCAUAGGUUAAUUUGAUGUUUAAAUAACAAAAACUAAUGUAUUUCCUUUCGCAAUAUUCUGGCAGUUUAGCCAGCAGUAAUUACAAAACUAUGCGGUAGUGGAGUCUGCCAAAAAACAUUAUGAAGACGUCAUUAGUUACUCAAUAUUAGGCAUCAGGGACUGAAUAAUAUUGGAUGACUCCUUUUCAAUAUGUGUACAGAUUACAUGACAGCCUUGAUAAAGACGUAAUUUGUCAACAUUCGAAGCCUUUCACAUGUUUAUCAAAGCUAUGUAUGCAUGGUUGACAUAUAUACUUAUGUUUUGACAAGAGUGCUCACAGUACCAGUAUUCAGUUCAGAU